AUGAUUGUGUUGAAUCCAGAGAAAGGCUCCAAAGAACUAACAUCUCUUGCAAAUGCACUAAAAACCGAUGAAAAUAUCGAAAAACACGCGGCUGCAACAUCGCUUGCUUUACUUCUGGUUUGGCAUCCUGCAGACCAUACAAAGCCAGUCACUCGUAUCCUUAUCACUGCGAAUGGACCCACUCCACGUAUCCCAGCAACUCGUGCCGCACCAGUACAAAACAAAGCUCCAGUCAAUGAGGCGCCAAUAAAAAAAGUUGUUAAACAACCACUAACAGGUGCAGCGCUUUCGCGCCCCACAAGCGCUCCGAAAAAACCAACAGCACAGCCGCUAACAAAGCCACCCACCACUCCAACAACCACUAACAGAACUGCUCAUGCAACUGAAAAUAAAGUUGCGAACAAGUCAGGCAGGCCAGCAAAUGAUGCGAAGAAAACCGCUGCUCCAACGACGAAGCCAAAAGAAGGCGCUAAAGAAAAAGAAGUAAUUCGUGACGCGGCUCCUCCUCCAGCGGAUCUUCAACCAGCUGCCCCACCAAAGAGCCCAGAAGCACCAGCUGGUACAUCUGCUGCUCUGUUGAGUCCACAGGAUCCAGUGAGUCCAAAUGUCCCAGAUUAUUCCCCUGAUGCAAAAAGUCCUCUGUCACCGAAAAGUCCAGAUAUGCCCGAAAGUCCAUUUACUCCGCAAGCUCCUGGCGCAGAUGCAUUAUAUGAUAGCAUUGAAGAACCGAUACGAGAUGCUGAACCAGCUGCCCCUCCGAAAAGCCCCGAAGCACCACCAGCCGGUUCCCCUGCCGUUGUACUGAGCCCACAAGAUCCAGGAAGUCCAACAGUGCCAGAAAAUUCACCUGACGCAAAAAGUUUCCCAUCGCCGAAAAGCCCGGAUAUGCCUGAAAGCCCAUUUGCUCCGCAAGUUCCUGGUGCAGAUGGACUGUUGGAUGGUAUUGAAGAACCGAUGCGAGUACGCAAAAUUAGUAUGGAUUAUACCGAUGAAGAAAACAAAGUAACUGAUGAGCUCUCCAAAAUGGAAGUGGAAACGCCAGAAAAAGGAGUUGAUUUGCUGGACUUGGCUCCACCAGCAUACGUGUCACAGGAAACUCCGUUGCUCGACUCCACUCCGUUGUCGCCUCCUCCAUUUGCGCCAGUAUCGAAUACGUCCGAAGAUGAUUCGAUGAUUUCGUCACCUACUCAGGAAGACCAGACCACCCAUCAUGAUGUUGAAGAAGAUGAGGCUUCUUCGCCUGCUCAAGAACAACCCUCGCAUCAUGAGAGUGAAGAAGAUGAAGCUUCUAAGAAAGGAAUCAUACAUAAAUCGAGCGUGCAGGGUAUGCUUUUUUAUGAAAUCUAUGCAUUGUUGCCGCAAAAUGUGAACGAAUCAGGCGAUGAUAAGUCACGAAUAAGCCCGCCAUCACUCAAUGAUAUUGACAAUGGUGCAUUGGAGCAUGAACGGGACAAAAAAUCAAAGGGUUUGGGAUUUGCUUUAAUUUCAGAACUGCUUAGCGCCGGUGCGCCUCCGUUUACAGCUGGUUUUGUUAGCGGAAUUGUAGACGAAUCACCGACUGCACUGCAAGAGGUAUUCAUUUUUUUCUGA